GGCUCUGCGGCCGCGGCUGGGAGGCGGAAAGGGAACGCGGCGUUUGGCACGGGGAAGCCGCGAACUGCGGGCGCCCGAAGCUUCCGGCGCGCCCCCUCCACUUUGCAGGCUGUGGAAGAUAACAUGGCAAACUUGUGGAAAGCUUACCAGAGGCUGAUGGCCAGGCACCCCUGGAAGGUGCAGAUCUUCACAGCUGGGACCUUGGUGGGUGUUGGAGAUGUGAUCUCUCAGCAGCUGGUGGAAAGGAGAGGGCUGGCUGGACACAAUGGCCAGAGGACCCUGAAGAUGAUGACCGUCGGCUUCUGCUUUGUGGGCCCAGUGAUCGGAGGUUGGUACCAAGUGCUGGAUCGUCUGGUAACAGGCAGGACCAAAGCAGCUGCUCUCCAGAAGAUGCUGCUGGACCAGGGUGGGUUUGCCCCCUGCUUCCUCGGCUGCUUCUUGGCUGUGGUGGGGAUGCUCAAUGGCUUGUCGGUGGAAGAGAACUGGAGCAAGAUCAAGCGGGACUACAAAGAUACCCUGAUCACCAACUACUAUAUCUGGCCAGCUGUGCAAGUUGUCAACUUCUACUUCAUCCCCUUGAACUACAGGCUGGCUGUGGUUCAGUGUGUCGCCAUCGUCUUCAACUCCUACCUCUCCUGGAAGGCUAACAAACCAUGACUUGACAAUGUGGAGACCCAGAGGCUCUUCUGGAUACCAGUGCAUCAGCACCAACUUCUUCUUUCCUAAUGCCCCAGCCAGAACAUUCUCUGUUUGGCCACCAAUUCUUAUUUAGGGAAACUGCCUGUUGCACAUAGCAUAUGUUGCACACAGCCUUGGUGCCCCCCUCUUCAGUCAGGUGGCCCCUGUUCAGGCUCCUCAGCCCCACGCAAGUUGAGACUGCCCUAAAGCACAAUCUUGAGGGGCUGACUGUACAUGUAUCUACCAAAGUGGCCUAGGCUGUGAAGCUACUUCUCAACCCUGGGAGGGGGGAAGUUAAAGAGGCUUAUCUAUUGAACACUGUAGGAGGAGCAUACAUCCAUGUCCCAUGGCACUGAAGACCUGAAAGGUCUUGUAGCAGGAACCUUUUUGGAAAUGGAAUAUUAAGGUAAGGUAAACAUGUAACUAAACACCUUGCAAUACCCAGCUACUGCUUGUAAUUUCCAGAGUGUUUCACAAUCUGUAUUGUGUUGGUACUCAUGGGUAGAUGCCACAGGACAGGUAAAAGCUGUCUUCUACCAUUCUGGGUGUCUUCCUCCCCUGGCCCACCUGAGGUCAGAACAUAGGCAAGGCCAUUGUAAGGUAGGGCUUGUUAUUGGCUGCCCCCUUUCAAAUUAAAGGGUUUCCAUUGGAGGAUCGGGAAGAUUGGUAAGCACCUGGGCUUUCCUUAGUCAAUGCAUGGUUAAUAAUAACAAUAAACAAUAACAAUAUUGUGCUUAUAUACCACCCUUCUGGACAGAUUAGUGCCACACUCAGAUUGGUGAACAAAACCAGUGUUGUUGUUAUUCCCACAAUACAGUUGGGGAGCAGGGGAUGAGAGGAGUGGCUUAUCCAAGGCCACCUACUGAGCUCAUGGCAGUAGUGAGAGUCAAACUAGCAGAGUGCUGAUUUGCAGCCCAGCCAUUUAACCUCUAAGCUAGAGCAUGAGGCAGCCAUUUUCAGGUGGCACUCACAACCCUGUCUCAAAAUUCCAAAGAUGCCCACAGGCUCAAAAAGGUUGGGGACUCCUGAUGACUGAAUAAGCAGCUACUACAUGUGGCAAUAGCUCCUGUCUUGGAUGGCUUUCAGAAGAGAUGAUGGGCCCGUCAUUGGAUUCCGUGAGGCAGGAUAGCCGAACGAGACCUCCAUGUUCAGUGGUAGUGUACCUUUGAAGAACAGAUAUUGCCUCUGUAACCCAUUUGUGAGGUUCCCAGGGGCAUCUGACUAAUUGCUGUUAAAAAACAGAUGCUGGACUAAACGGAACUGUGCUCUGAUCCAGCAGGAAGAUCUUAUGUUCUUAGGGACUAGCCUCUUAUAUGAAAUAAACUCAUUGUGGUGAAUGUUGA